AUGCCCGGGGCGCGGCAUCCCCCUCCAUCCCAUUGCAGUUACCUGACUGCCUUGCUUCCUGCCUUUAGUGCCUUAACAGAGCUAAUGAAAUCUGAACUCAACCAGACACAGUCAGCAUCUGGUUAUAAAAGACAUAACUUCGGUUCUCUUCGGCAAAAGAGAAGUGGAUUAAAGCAUGAGCUGACUGAAGAGCAAAAGGAGGAGAUCAGAAAAGCUUUUGAUUUGUUUGACACUGAUGACACCGGAGCCAUUGAUAUGAAGGAAAUGGAAGUUAUGAUGGAUGCUCUUGGCUUUGAAACAAGAAAAGGGGAAGUUAGAAAAAUGAUAGCAGAGAUCGGCAAAAUAGACCCUAGCCGCAUAAAUUUUGAAGAAUUUUUGACGAUGAUUGUUAAAAAAAUGAAUGAAAAAGAUAGCAAAGAAGAACUCAUAAAGGCUUUCCAGUUACUUGACACUGAAGGAACAGGCAAAAUUACCUUUGAAAAUCUCAAGAAUGCUUUUGGUGUGCUUGGAGAAGUUAUAUCUGAUGUAGAAAUUCAGGAAAUGAUAGAUGAAGCUGAUCGUGAUGGUGAUGGAGAAAUUAAUCAGCAAGAAUUCUUGAGAAUGAUGAGAAAGGCCAAUUUAUAUUAA